GCCUCCAGCCCCCACUCCUCGUGUGACCCAGUACGCAGGCGCAUCUCCUCAAAUCCUGUUCCUACACCCCUCACCCACCUUUUUCUCUACAUUUCGUUUCCCCUCCUUUUCCAGCCCCUCAGCAGGUUCAAACUCUCCUCCGAGAGGGUGGCGGUGAGCAAGAGAUCACGUGAUGAGCAUCCUGCUGCCCAACAUGGCGGAGUUCGACACCAUCUCGGAAUUGGAGGAGGAGGAGGAAGAAGCAGCAGCAACGUCGUCGUCGUCGCCGUCGUCGUCUUCGUCUGUAUCGGGGUCUGACGAUGACGAGGAAGAUGAGGAGAAGGAGGAGGAAGAAGAGGAGGUAGAAGAAAGAGAGGAGGAGGAGACGCCGCCCCCGCCUCGGGUAGUGAGCGAGGAGCAUCUACGGAAAUAUGCCCCCGACCCUGUAUUGGUGCGGGGCGCCGGCCACAUCACUGUGUUUGGCUUGAGCAACAAGUUUGAUACUGAAUUUCCCUCAGUUCUAACAGGGAAGGUGGCCCCGGAAGAAUUUAAGACCAGCAUUGGCCGUGUGAAUGCAUGUUUGAAAAAGGCUCUCCCAGUCAAUGUGAAAUGGCUGCUGUGUGGUUGUCUCUGCUGUUGUUGCACACUAGGUUGCAGCCUGUGGCCUGUUAUUUGUCUCAACAAAAGAACCAGAAGAUCAAUUCAAAAGUUAUUAGAAUGGGAAAAUAACAGAUUAUAUCACAAGCUUGCUUUGCACUGGAAGCUGACUAAAAGGAAAUGUGAAACUAGCAAUAUGAUGGAGUAUGUAAUACUAAUAGAAUUCUUACCAAAAUAUCCCAUUUUCCGACCUGACUGAGGAAUUUUAUUCAGUCACUUCUGUGUUACCUGUCAUUUCCUCCCCUUAGUGCCUUGUAGAUGAUUUUGGAAUGAAGAUGGUCUCCUUUGCUGUGUUCAGUUUAUUCUUUAUAAUGGUAGAAUAUUCUCCUCACUCCUUUAUUUGUGUUGGUUUAAGAAGAAACUUUGCACAUCUUUUGUUGUUGUUAAAUAAGCUUGUGGUUUGCACUCUCAGUUUUUAAGUAAACACACACACAAACACAGAUAUAGUUGCCACUAAAAAAUAAAACCUCAGUGCUGGUGUUUAAAAAACAAAAACUUGUUCUGAGCAUGCUGCCUUAUAAUUUUCAUACUCACUGUUUCUAAAUAUGCAUAAUUUUUCUAGGCUACUUAAUGCUCUGUAAUCUCUUAUUGGACAUAUGUAUAUAAGCUUUUGAUAGCUUUUAGAAAGGUUUUACUCUUACCGGCUUUUAAAGGACAUGCAAUUAAUAGCACUGGUUUUGUCCUGCACUUUGAUAAAUUAUCACUUACAUUAGUGGAUAAAAUAUUUAAACUCAUAAAGACUUGUAAAUAUUGUCUCUGCAUAAUGUAAAAUGUGCUAUGUCAUGGUUUACAGAAUGUAAUAUUAUUCUUACUGUAUUGCCAACAAUUCUGCGUAGAUUUUAAUAUGAAUGAAGUUUGCAAGCAUCCUUUUGAAUGUAGACUUGUUAACGUGCUGUUUUAUGGCAAAGCCAUAAUAAGUAUGUUAAAAAUUUCAGGUAUAGGGCAGGGUUGCCUUUUGUAACGAUUGGAUUAAAAUUGAAAUCAUUGUCUGAGAUACUCUGCAUUGCAUCUGAAACCAAGAACUUCCAUUUUUUCCAUUUAAUUCAGUAAUUCCCAUUUUGUCGUCUACUCCCCACCCCAGAAGAAUUCAUUUGACAUCUGUCACAUUUCACAGCCUCACUGUACUCAUUUAUUUCCCUUUAAAUAUCCCUUCUCUCACUUGAAAAUACACACAGUUAUGACCUCUGAGGAGUGUUUAGGAUUUCAGAUGUCUUGGAAGGGUCUAUAUCCCCAUAAAAGCCACAGCUAACCCCUUUCUGGAGUCCUCUAGUCCACUUUGGAAAAGAGAGCUGUGCCUGAAGGUUAGUAGUGGCUGAUUCAUAACUGAUAUUCUUAAUCCUCUUUUUGAAACAUUUGAGUAUUAUUAAUGAGGAAACAAAUAUUUAGACAAGUAUUUUAGUUUAUAAAUUCACCACGCAUGUAGGCUUUUCAUUGAUAUGCACACAUUUCUUUAUUUCUCUUCACAAUUAAGAUGAGUGAGAGCACCACACUGAUUCUUCUAGAAUUUGAAUUUUUAGCAUAAUGAAGGGUUCAUAUUGUCUUAAUUCAACUGCAAAUGUAUGCCUGUAUAUAGGCACUGCACUAUUCGUAAUUCCUAAUGCUAAAAAUAAAAGUGUCUGGGACGGAAUAGUGUCUUAUUUAUCAUCUUACUCUUACUGCUUUCAGUAAACUUUUUAGGCAAACAUUCGUCCCAGUGAAGAGAACAAUCAUUUCUUCAUACAAGGUCAAGCCUUUUAAGGCCACUUUUAAAAUUAAUGCCUGAUUUGAAAGCUACAGUUUUAGACCAGUAAAAGAAGAGGGGGGAAAAGAGACACUAUUUGUUACAUGACUGUAGUUGUUUGCACACUUUUCCACCUCCCUCUGUAGAACCCCAUUACCCCCAUGUCACCCAGACACCCAGAAUCUCUUUUAAUAUACUGUGUGUGCCUGCAAAUAUCAUGUGUCUGUCUGCUGCAAAACUAAAGGUGUAUUUUUAUAGACAAGAUGGAAACCUCUGAAAAUGCAUACCAAAUGUCUUGUUUUAUAGCUGAAGUCAGGGAAGAAUUGUAUCUGUGGUUUAUGUUCCCGCUAAUAUCAUCAGCUUCUUCCAACUGUGACAGUUCAAUACCAAAAUUGAUACCUAGUCUAACACAAAAUUUGUAAUUAUCAUGGAUCAAAUAAUUACUUUUAAGUGUCAAUCCUUAGUGUCUAAUUUUUUUGGUAAACUUAAAAUUUGGCCAUGUGAUGGUCAUAGUAUAAUUUUCGAGUAUCUUUGCCAUGUGUAAAUCACACAUGGUUUUGCUCAAAGAGUGGCAGGAAAUGGUGAAUUGUUUCCAUGAAAUAAAUUUUGAGACAGGAAUAGAGUGUAUCUGGAGGAGACAGAGUAUAAUUCAAGUUAAAGUAGUAUUUGUCAUAAGAAAACAUUUGCCAGCAUAUGUAAACUUUAUUUUAAAACCUACUCUAAUCAGUUUUAAAUUUACUAUCUUAUUGUUCAUUAUGCAGAUUGGCUCAUCUUAUUUACUUGAGCUACUCAUAAAAUACCCAAUUUUCAUUUUUUCUUAUAUGACUCUCUUUUCAAACAAUUUUCCUUUGGAGGGAGCUGAUUAGCAGUUGGGUAUUUUAGAGUGCUUUGGGGGUUUGUUUUCUUUUCAAUGGAAUUGGCAGCAGUGAAUGCUGAAAUGACAGCACAAGAUGGUCAUUACUUCCUUACCCACUGACCUUUUUUUUGAAUCCUCAAGGUAGAACAUACUUGGAUAUUCCCAUUAAGUUAGUAAAAUAUUGUAAGUUGUUUUUAGAAUGGAUAAUUUUGAAUUUCUUUGUUAUGUAAUAUUCCUUUUUGAAAUCUGCUGUGGUAGUUUCCAGAGAAAAAAAUAACAUAUGUUUGCCUAAGUUUAUAAAUCUCACAAAGCUUUGAGGUUACAAGUUAAAAACUGUUCUCUAACUUUCCCUUAUGCAUUUUCACCCCCAUUGCCCCUAUAAACACCUAAAUUAUGUAUAAAAUGAAUAAGCUCUAACCUUUUUCAGCUAUUCUCUGUUCCCUCUUAACUCCUCUGUUAUUUUAGGAAAGUAAUCAUUGUAGGCAAAUGUUAGAAGUAGAUGAAGAAGUGCCUUGUCUUUUUUGAACAAAGAUAACAUUUUAUGUUGAAGCAGGAUGGGUGAGCUGGUAGAUCAUUAGAUUUAAAACCAUCCUUUUCAACUAAGCCCAAGAAUAUUUGCCAUGUUAUGUCUAUUUAUUAUUUAUAACCUGUUUCCUGUUUUCCCCCCAAUCACAUGAUAUAUUACUGACUAAAUAUUACAGAACAGGACGAUCAGUCACGUAGAAAACUAGGAAAAUUCUAAUGCUAGUAAAUAUGUAAUUUAACAUGGUUCUGGAAAAACAAUGGUCUUUCAUUGAAGCUCUGCCAAAGCCCACUUAAGUAUUUAAUGCAUACACUAUUUCCAUUAUUAUGACUUGUAAACACUAGUGUCUCAUCAUUUAAUCAAACUGUGUUAAUAUUUAUCACUGUCAUUUUUUAUGAAAUUUAUUCUUGCUUUUUUCAUAAUUUGAGUGAAGUUCUAUAACAUUUGUAAGCCUUCAGACAAACAGGGUUUUUUCAAAUGUUAUGAGAGGUUUAAAAAAUCAUUAGCAUCUUAAUUUUGUUUACAAAUGAACUACCACUUAAAAACAAUCUAACCUCAUUAACUUGAACAUAAAGUCCCAAACAAUAUUUCAUUAGAAUUGACUGUAUUGACCUAGAAGUAUACAGAAAUUAUAUACAUCCAUUUAACUGGAGCAGUUUCACAUACUGGAAAAACCUUUUGCUAACUGGAUUGGAAGAUGCUCAAAUUCACUGAAAUUAACUCCUUUUAGGCCUAUAAAAUUCUGCUUUUAAAAAAAGCCCGUUGUGCAACAAUUAUCAAAUUGUUCAGGUUCCUUUAAAUCAUGAACUAUUGGGAAAUUUUCCACAGAAAAGAAAUAGGCUUUAUUAAUAAUACCUGUUCAUGUAAUACAUGGACUAAAAAUGCCCCAAAUUUCUCCUUCUGGAUUCUGAGCCAACCUUUUCAUUUAGAUGAUGGCAACCUGAGAAUAUGUUCCAUUUUCUGUGAACUUUGUCAGAUUAGUACUAUAUGAAGAAAUGAUCUAAUAUGGGCUCCAGGCAAGUCGCUUAAAUUACAUGUCAGUGUCUUCAUCUGUAAAGUCAUGAGGUUGAACCUAGAGCUAAACAGAAAAUUAGAAAUCACCUAACAUUCUGUAAUUCUAGGAAUACUUAGGAAAUUUUUACUCUACAGAAUCUCAGAAUGCUUUUUCUUAGUUCUAUUGCCUUUGGUAGAAACUCUCACAGUGCCUUGCUCAGUAAAAGUUUGAUUUGCCAACUGGCUCGUAGCUGAUGUGUGUUCAUGUCGCACAGACUGAAAGAACCUGAUGCCUGCUAGACCUUAGCCCCUCCAUUGUGAUAAGAAUUAAUAUAGUUUCCCUAGGAACUGAUGACUGGGGUCUGUUGACUUCACCUAUAUGAAUCUCGCUGUGCAGUUGGCAUCCAAGCAAGAAUUAUAGCUGUGACAACAAUAGAGAUAUGGGAGGAUCCACCUUGACAUUAUGUGAAAAGGUUUUCAUAUCCUACCCAGUAUCUGCUUCAGUGUCUUACUAAGUUCCAUAUCCUCAAAAAGAUUUGUUGGAACAUCAUGAUAUAUGGAAAGGAAAGUGGUAUGGGAUUCAAACCCAAGUCAUUUCUCUUUUAAUUCUUAGCUCUGCUGCUUAAUUCCUCUGUAUUCAUGUCCUCAUUGUUGAAGUGGGGACAAUAAUCUGGACCUACCUCACAGGGGAAUUGAGGAUUUUUUUUCACAUGUUAUUGUGCUUUUAAAGUUGACUGAAAGAGAUACCACAUAACAGUUAUGUUGUAAAAAUAUAUUCCUUUAAAUCCAUGUUACCUUUCUCAGUCAAACCAUACAGAAUGAGUGCUGCAGUUCUUUUUUUUCAGUAGCAAAUUUUGUUAAAAAUCCUCAUGGGUUAACCUGAGUAAUUGUGCUAUUUUAAUACUUGAUUUAGGGAGCAAAAGCAGGUGGAUGUAAACCUGUAGGAGAAAGAUAGUAGGGGCAUCCUUAAACCUUUUUCAAUAUUUCAAAAAGUAUACUAGAAAUCAUACCAUUUACCCAUAAUGUUCCUGCUACACACUUUAACUAAGACAUUGACUUCUCAUGCAUUUUGCUUUUAUUUUUAAAUCUCUAAUGCUGGUUAUCACACACUGAUCAGAAGCUACUACUAACAGUUAUGCUUUUGAUAAGUAAAGAAAGUGAGAAAGCUAUUAUUACAUGCAGUUUAGUAAAUAAAAUACUUAAAAACAUGGGGAUGGAAUAAUAAAGGGAGCCUUAUGGUGAAAAUGUUGGGAGCCACUUUUAUGAAGGACCUAAGAUUAUUUGACCUUCUCCACAGGUUGCUUACCCAGUCCCUAAAUAAUGAAAUGCUAGAUAUUUGUGUGUGUGUAUGUUGACUAGAUGGGUCUUUAUAAGUUUAGGUUAGAAUUUGCCUUCAGUUUUUUUCUGUUUCAGGAUGAUAUGACUGAGCUGAUUUAUUUGGGUAUGUAUGUGUAAAUCAUAUGUACACACACAUACAGGAUUGCAAAUGUGGAGAGUACUAUAACGUCAUGUUCUAGCAUUAGAGUAAAUACCAAUUUCUGAGUCUCAAAGUAUUCUGUGUGUAAACUCAACAUACUGAGUCAAGGCAAUAAUUUCUCAAAUGUUCCUUUUUUUCCUGCUUAUUUUCUUUGCUUUUGUAUUGACUUAAUUUUCCAUUUUUUUGGUAAGCAAAUAGCAUAAAAUUGUUUUAAUGCCUGGACUUGGAAACAAGUGUUUGAAAUUAUAUAAUCUACAAGUAGUUUGCCAUCCUCUUGGAUUAAUCACAUACAAAUAUGAGUCUUGGCUGCAAAAAUAGGAAAUCUUGGUAGCUAGAAAGCAGGGAUUGAUCAAAACAUGUGUUUGAAAAGGCUAGAAUUUCUACUUUUUGGCAGAGGAUUCCUGUUGGGACAGCUUUACCAAAAAAGAAUAAAAGUGGAUAUGUCCAUUCAAACCAGGAACUUUCAUGCAUCUUGUAGUUACAUAGCCUGUGGAAUGAAUUCAUUUUUCUUCCUUGAGUUCGGGAGUGACUCCCCUGGAAGAACUCAACCUAUAUACAGCUGUGCCAAAAUGAAGGAUACCUGCCUCUCUGAAACUCACUGCUGCUUCUGUCAUUGUUCACUUGUCAGAUAAAAAGUUUUAUUAUCUCAGGAUGCAAAAUUACAAUAAAGUGCAAAUCUAAGGUAA